AUGGGCAUUCCCGGAGCAUCUUGGAAGCGAUUGAUUCGCUUCCGGGGCGAAGACGGUGCUGAACACUAUGGCGAGCCACAACUUGAAAAUGCUCAGGAUCUCAUGUCCAAAUUGGAAACCGGCUUAGAAGCAGAGAUUCUCGAAGGCACCAGCCCCUUUGAAGUUAAAAGCACUGGAAAAAUUGUCAAGAUAAAAGAGAUCCUACAUCUCCUCCAGCCAAAAGAUGUCCCCACCGUACGCUGCAUCGGCUUAAACUACAAGACACACAUCGCGGAGGCAGGCCGCAAACCGCCCCCUUACCCUUCCCUCUUCAUAAAAGCCAAUACCUCAAUCGCCGGCUGGAACGAAACCAUUCCAAUUCCCAAAAUCGCACAAGACGACCAGGCCGACUACGAAGGUGAGCUUUCUAUUGUGAUCGGCAAAACGGGGAAAAACAUCUCCAAAGAUGACGCCAUUGCCCAUGUCGCGGGAUACGUAUCUUCCAACGACAUCAGCUCCCGCAAAUGGCAGCGUGAUCCUGCGUACGCUGGAGGCGUCCCGCAGUGGUGCUUCAGCAAAGGCUUUGACAAGUACGCACCUAUUGGCCCGUUGAUGGUGUCACCUGCUGUGGUUGGGGCGGCGGAAAAUCUCGAGUUAAGGACCUGGGUCAAUGGAGAGGAGAGGCAGAAGACUAUUACUAGCGAUUUGUUGUUCGAUGUCCGGACCAUUAUUAGCUUUUUGAGCCAGGGGACGACACUUGAGAAAGGGACUGUGAUUAUGACGGGAACGCCAUCGGGGGUAGGGUUUGGGCAGGCUGGGGGCCCGAAGUGGUUGAGGGAUGGCGAUGUUGUGGAGGUGGAGGUGGAGCAUUGCGGGAGGACUAGGAAUAAAAUCGUUUAUGAGUAG